CUCCCUCGGCUCCUGGUAGUGCAUUGUCUCUUCUCGGUUUGUUUACCUACACAUGCUGACAUAGCGAGCAGCAGAGUUCAUACGAAUUACCGCUCCUGUCAACUAAAAUGCUAUCAUAAUAAAAGCUCUUGCAUAUCUGCUUGUAGUACGACAACUAGCCCGCAAAUUGUAUGAAUUCCCUCGUAUGAGUGACAGUGCAAGUGUACAAUUGCAAAUGCACUCGUCCACUUGAGAUCGGACAUUAUAGCGGCGGUGAUAUCGUGUAAUACAAAGUUGGACUUUCUCCAAGCAAAACAGACUUUCUUUUAGCAGGAAAAAUUAAGACGUGGGAGAUAAGGACACAAACUACGGCGAACCACGUUCUGUCUGUAAAGUGCAUUUUUAUUGCGGGUUGUGAGAUUGGAUCAGCUGACGAAUAUAAUAAAACCUGUACGGCAACUUACUUACAUGUUCCAUAUUCAUUCAAUCUGCACAGCGCUAAAGAAAUUGCCGGCUUUAUGACAAUUUAGUGAUUGGAGAAAAGUGUGUGUGUGGUGGACCAGUUUAUGCACAUAUUCAGAAAUUACAGAAACAACCGUUGUAGUUAAACGGCUCAUAAUAUUCAUUGACUGGAGUGAUACCGUAUUAAAUUGUAUUGUGUUUAUUGUAUGCAACGGGGAAACAAGUGUGUGGAAAUAUAGCUACAAGUGAAAUUGGUUGGGAUCAGUCAUAUGUUGCUCAUUAAUGUUAAUGAGAUACGGACAAGGAAUCCAAUAUUAUUAUUAAAACAUAGACACAUAAUUUCUUCAAUAUCAUAGCAAAACGAAUCUUUUUAAAAGAUUGUCAACAAUUUAUAUUUAACUUUUGCUGAAAGAUCAGUAAACCGAACAGUUUCGAUUUGAUUAAAUGAAUCAUCAUAUCACAAUCAAACUUGUAAUAAUUUGUGAAGGAAGUUAUAAAGACAACCGACCUGCCUCCGCAUAAUUAUAUUAUUCCAAUUUUUCUGUUUAUCAUCACUUCCAGGUAAAUUAUCAUUGCCUAAAUAAAUCAGUGAAUAAAUACAAACUGACAAAUACUAUAAACAUUUGUAUCAUAUCAGUGUUAAUGUUCAUUAAUUUAUAAACUCAAUUGUUGAAUUGUUUUAAAAUUGCACUGCGUUGUUGAAAAAGAGAAUUAUGCGUCGUUUCGUGACGAACAACAACAUUGCAUUCAACACAAAGCUUUAUAAAUUGUGUUGAAAUUAAGUACAUGCGAGUUCGUGAUCACUCUCUGAAUUUACUGUGAUCUGAAAACCUGCGAGUGUAACCUCUCGAUUUGUUCUAUUUGCGUCUUGUGCGGAAGUUGAUGUGAAAGUUUGAGUACAUGUAGUAAAUAGAUUAUUGUAUAAUUUGUCAAAUUGAGUGGUUUCUUACGAAGGACGUGAACACAACCAGAGUUUCCACCAAAAACAGAGUAAAUCUCAUUACUGGAUAAAUUAUCAAAAUCUAGUAGAUUAAAUAUAUAGGCACACUUGAAAAGUGCUUUCCCCGUUGUCUCAACUCACCUUCCACAGAAAAAGCAACAUAUCCUUAUUUGUGCCUCGACUGUACAAAACUGAAUUUCAUACCUCACCAAACCAAUCGUUAAUCAAACAUACAUAUAUGUACACGGUGAAGUUGAUCAGUUUCUCUGGACAUUUCUCACACGAAUCCAAGGACAUUAGGCGAAAACUCAUUAAAAAAGAAUAAAACAUUGAAUGUUGGAUGUGAGAGACUGAUUGAUUACCACUGUUGUGGUGGCAUGAAACUUGAGACUUGAUUCAUGGUUGUGGAUUUAGCAAUUUGGUCACAGCAAAAGUAAUUGAGACUGCAACCCAAUUUCUCCAAGCCGAAAGUAAUCGCUUCUCCACAUCAAUUUCACGUGGAGGAAAGAAGACGCCGAGAUAUAUAUAUCCACCUCCCUCCCCAAGUAAAUUGAAUUGUUGUGUAUUAUCUUUCGCAUCUAGAACAUCAUACAGAUCUUCCUGUCUUGACAUUAUUCGGCUCCCAUCCGAAAAGUCAGACACGUAUUUUGAUGAAGAUUUGAACUAUUUUUUCUUGGCUACGCAAAAGGAUUGGACGUUGUGACUCCCUCAGGAGCUUGAAUUGCAAUAUUUAUUACCUGACUGUCCUCUUCUCUUCUCUCUCAGCUAACUCACCGAUUCACAACAUUGCAGCAAAUUCCUCUUUAUUCUUGCUUUUAAGUACGCUGCCAGAAGAAGACCGCGCCACGAUCAACCAAACCCUCCAACAGACGAAAACGACCCCAUCCAUAGUUUAACUCCCAUCAGCCACCAGUUCCUGUUCAGCCAAUUCAUCCCGGACACAAAUCCAUAGGAUUCAUUUACUGCCAGAAAUCUUCUCACAAUGGGGAAAGGAAACAGUAAGCUGAAGCCGGAAGUCAUGGCAGACUUGCGAGGAAAUACAGAGUUCACGGAGCAAGAAAUUCAGGAAUGGUACAAGGGAUUCUUGAAGGACUGCCCCUCGGGAACAUUAUCUGUCGAUGAGUUCAAAAAAAUCUACGGGAACUUUUUCCCUUACGGCGAUGCAUCGCAGUUCGCUGCCCACGUUUUCCGUACAUUCGAUUCAAAUUCGGAUGGAACCAUUGACUUCAGGGAGUUCCUCUGCGCCUUAUCGGUCACUUCGCGUGGAAAACUGGAGCAAAAAUUGAGAUGGGCCUUCAGCAUGUAUGACUUAGAUGGCAAUGGCGAAAUUUCCAGACAAGAAAUGCUCGAAAUUGUGACAUCCAUUUACAAGAUGGUUGGUUCCGUAAUGAAAAUGCCUGAGGACGAAUCCACGCCAGAGAAACGAACCGACAAGAUCUUUCGGCAGAUGGACAUUAAUCACGAUGGGAAGCUGUCUAUAGAGGAAUUUAUUGCCGGAGCGACGUCUGAUCCUUCAAUUGUUCGACUCCUUCAAUGCGAUCCGUCUUCUAACCCACAGUUAGGAUCACUAGGAAUAGUAAAAUGUGAUGAGCAGCAACGAAGUCCACGAAGGAUGCCAUCCAACCGCUUGGAAGUAGAAGGCUACUGUUGCAACUACUUGAGAACCCGUAAUUUGUCUUACGAAUUUCUUCCAGAAGACAAUUAAUUCCGCCACUAGAGCCAGUUAUAUAUUUAUGGAACAACUUUUGUGUCCUCCUCUAGCUUGUCGAAUCUUUGUUGUCCAAAGUAAAAUACCUCGUGUCAGUUUUAUUGCUCCUUGAUGUCCAAUAUUAUUUAGUAUGAUGCACAUUUUCAACUUUAUCCAGUCACUUCAUGUGUGUCCUUCCAAUGUAGUCAAUAAUUUAUACAUACGUAGUAUUUUAUUUCCUCAUUCAUGAAACAUGAUUUACAAUUUUAGUCACUGCUUUAAUUUUUAAUGUCGUCUUUUAUUCAUGUCCCGACACUCGUAAUUUGCUUGUAGAUUAAUAAAAUGAAUAUUUGGCUACCGAAUCGAA